GGCAGGUAGCGGUGCUCCUCUCACCUAUAAACCAUCACAAGGAUUCAUCUUGGAUCUGCUAGCCGCCAGGGACGACUGCGUACCCCCGCUCGUCCCCUCUACGGAGGUUGACGGGCGUGGCCAUUUUUGACCAUAAGACACCAUGUCGUUGUAUUCGUCGCCGCCGCCCCUGCACAAUGCCGACGACGACAAGCCCACGCUCCUCGUCUGCUGGUGGAUCACUCUCUUCUGUGCCACCAUCAUCCUCUUACGCGUUGCUGGUCGUUUUAUCCGGUCCGAGAAGCUUUUUCGGGAGGAUAGAACGGUCACUUAUGCUGUCAUUCCUCUUUUCAUUCGCAUGGGGCUUGUCCACCUCGUGUUGCUCUGGGGUACUAACAACGCCGAGUUUACCUGGCCAUUGACCGAAACAGAGAAAAGACACAAGUCUAUCGCGAGUGGGCUUGUCAUAGCCAGUCGCAUAUUGUAUACGGCAACGCUCUGGAUUCUCAAGCUUGCCAUCCUCGAUUUCUUUAAACGCACCUCGGCCACAUUUUGGAGACGGUCCCAUGAUAUCGCACUGAAUAUCAUGCGUGGUUUAUUAGCGUUGACGUUCAUAGCUAUCCUUGCUGCAAUUCUGACUGAAUGCCGGCCUUUCAAUCACUACUAUCAGGUUCUACCUGAUCCCGGUGGUCAAUGCCGUCAAGGCUACGUCCAGCUCAUUACUAUGGCCACCUCUAACAUCAUGACCGACCUUUUCUUAGUCAUCUUGCCCGUGCCCAUCAUCUUGACCAGCUCUAUGGGUCCAAAAAAGAAGUUUCAACUCACCUUGUUAUUUACACUGAGUUUAGGUCCGGUUGCCACCACUAUCUAUCGAGUCAUCUACGUUUUCCGUACCCAUGGCAGCCAACAAACGCGGUCCCUUGUUGCUUCUGUUGAAUUACUUUUUGCAACCACAGCGGCGAACGCAUUGGUGCUUGGCUCGUUUGUCCGUGAUAGAGGCACCAAGAAGAUCAAAUACAGAGCCGAUUCUGUUGCUGGUGAUUCACUGGAACGAACACCCUCGAGGCGUCCCACGAUCCACAGGCAUUGGGGCAGUGAUGAAGACUUGGUCCGAGACGUAGGGUUGGGUGUGACCUCGAGGUACCGUGAUGAAGAGGAACCGAUUUCAAGGUUAGGGCCUGCACCGAUGGCUAGUAUGAAUGAUUGGCAAUUCGUCCAACCAGAGACAAUGAGUGGGCGAAGAGAAAACGCUAUUCAACAACAAGAUCAAAUGACGUCAUCUGGCCAGAGCAACUCAACUAAUACUCCAAGACGGGUCUCGUUUCUGGAUGUAGGAGGUUUAUUAGACUCAGAGACGAGCGACACGACUCUACGGAGCACUCGCAACAGUUUCAAUUCCAGUCAGGAUCCACUUUCGCCGUACCGUACAACUCCAUCACCGACUAUGAUAGCGAGUGGUUCUGGUUUUCGACGAGGCUCGCAAACCCUUUUGCAGGACUUGGGUGGUCUCUUCCACCCGUUUCAGCCGAGACGUACCAGGACACCUAGUGGAGGCGAGCUACAGCCUAUUCCACAACACCCCCACGAGCCGGCUUAUGAAAUGGACGAAUAUCGUGGUGGUCCGAUUCUAGUCGACGCUGGUGGCUUACUCAGAUAACACGAAAAUUUCAUCCUCCCCUGCCGCUUGGCUGAUUUAUUUACUACCUUACGACACUACUUCUAUAAUUUUGUCACUGCCGCCAUCGGACCUCGACAACUGGUCUCUGGUCUCAUGAGAUUACGAAUUUUAUGGCGAAAUCUACUGUGAAUUGUAACACAAGUUUCAUACAUCUUAUCUUCAUUGUGGGCCAAAAAACUUAGCUCGGGUAUCGGG